AUGGACUCCAGCAAGCACCCCGUCGAGGAGAUCGAGCUGCCAGUCUACUACACUCCCAGCGCGUCCCCUCCCCACUCUACCCACCCUGUAGCCCUCGAGCUCACUUCUAUCACCCCCCUCGCGCCGGUUCAUCACAUCAUCAUCGACCACCUCGCCCUCGUGACCCCCGUCACGACCCUCAUCUUGUCGAAGUACGUCUACGACAUCACCAUUCCCAAGCUCUACCGCCAUGUCACUGCAAGCAAGAGCUUGCUUCGAGGACUAGAGUCGGCUGAACCGGGGAAUCGGCGGAAGCUCGACUGUCUGAGACAUGCAGAGACACUGAAAGUGGAGGAUAUGGCGGCGAUGUGGCAUGUGAGUAUGCUCGAUCAUCAUGCCGCCGCGGUGCGAUACGCCAAGGUCUUUCCGAGUUGCACUCGAGUCGAGAUAUCUCAAGACGUUGUGGACGGACACUAUCACAUGAAGAAGGAAGAAACUGUGGAAGAUUGGAGCUUCAGUACCCUCAAAGAAACCCUGUCAAAGCUGAAAGAGGGGUUGGACCGUGCUCUCCGUAAUUCCGUAUAUAUAGAUCAGAGUCUUCUUUCAUAG